UGAGUUACUACCCACCGCGGCAGCCAGAUCCUUCCCCAUCCAAACCAUCGUAACUCUCUUUUCGGAGUGCUCGUGCAUGCCGCAGAUUAGCCAAAUCUGACCCGCACCACAGUCGGUCCGAUCACAACUUCACUCAUAAAAAAAGUGUGUGGUGAUGUGUGACAAGGGCACCUCUGGGCUCGGAGUGAAGAUGACCUUGCUGGCGAGAAGGGACCUAGCGAAAGUGCGGGAGAUGGAAGACGGAGGGGGAAGAAGAUGGAAAAUCUGCACGGAUCACGGGUUUGUCGCGAUGAUGGAGCUUCCGUGCGGCACCGGCAUGUCCUGACAUUAGAAUAGCGUAGGUGGCUUAUCUUGAAUAGCGUAGGUGGCUUAUCUUGUGUGCAGCCACGGACCGUUUCCUUACCUCUUUCUCUCUCGAUUUGAAGCGGACCCGUGUAGUCUCUGUGUUUUUCUGGGGGUGUCUCUAAUCUUGGACGGCCACCCAUUCAUUGCUGAAAAUGACGAAUCGAGAACCUGCGGCGUGAAAUUUGCUGUGCGGUUGUGAAGUUACCGUUGGGUAUGAAGCCUCUUUCGACCGAGCCAGUUUGCGCACGAGUUAGGGAACCCAUGAAUUGAGUCCGAGAGUUUGCGAUGACGAACCAUUAAGGCCGCUUCUAACUGCCCUCGCACAUACUUACCUCGCGGGGUGGUGAUGACGAUAAUAUCUUGAAGGUUCAAUGUUCGGAGCGAACAUUCAUCUCUCUCCCAUUCGUUCCCGCUUUUAUUUGAGCUGGCCUAGUCUGGACGUUGCUUUGCCCCGAUGUGAACGGCGUUUUUUUUUGCGCGCGCGAAUCCGGAACAAGCGAGGGCGAUGAUUACCACUUUCGAGGCUAAGGCAACUUUGCAGUGGCUAACACCCCGAAAACCGCAUAUGAGCCCAUCUGAUAAAGGAAGCAAAGAGCGUAGACUGCUGUAAUCGAUGCUCUAGACUGCUAGUCGUUGUUGGCCGAAACAGCUCUGAGUCUUUCGUUGGCCAUGGACUGCUCCCGGACGAUCAUGCUUGUAUAUACGCGAUACGUCAUCUCAUGCUACGACCACGGGCAGGACCGUGUUCUGUGAUAAGACGCUUACACGGUUGCGUUCUUUGUGUGGGACGCCCUUCGUCAUCGCAACCUUGGCGCGAUGCCCCGUGAAGGAUGAGGUCGUAGGGUGCAGAAUUCCUGGUACAAGCGGCAUGAAGCUACCGCUACGAUAUCUCGUUACUUGAGCAGCACAGUCAGUGUGUUGCUGUCGUUUGUUGCUGUUUGGCCAGAACAUUCUUGUUUGUUGUUGCUUGCUUUGCACGUGGGAUGGCCUGUCGUUUCCUAAACUCACUCUCGACACCCAUCGUGCAGAGGGUGUUCUGCUUCUACUACUCCUGCAGACAUCCUACCCUUUUUGGAUGUCUCCUACGGAACAUCGCCCGCGGGACAACAACCAACAGCAACCGCCGGAGUCAGUUACUGUUGCACACACACGCGAUUUGUGCCGGCGUGGGUCGCGACGCUGGGCCCAAGGCAAGCGAGCGUGUCCCUCUCGGCGGCUAAGCCAGGUGACAGCCAGCGAAACGGGUAAGAAGAGAUUCGCCGGUCCCUUCUUCUGCCGGGCGCGGAUCGAUCGGUCUCGAAGCGCCAUACUACCAGAUGCUCGACCUGACGGGAGGAGUUAGGUUCUGGAGCGGGAUGCCCCGUCACGUGUACCUUCAAGGCCACGAGGGAAUGCGCGGUUUCAGGGACGAGUUGUCGAAUGAGUCCGACCUACCCCUGGCUUGUCCUUGCCACCCCACGCCUCUCUCGUGGCCUUGAAGGUACAUGAACGGGGCAACCCGUUUCACCGUUCGAGGUGUUGGCGCCGCCCCCUAAGGUCGAGCAUCCGGUAGUACGAAGCUUCGUGGCCGAUCGUCGUCCGCCAGAAGAAGAGAGAGAAGGGAUGGGAGCGAACAUUGAAAGAGCAAGAAGCCCCCAGAGUUCGAAGAGCAAAGUGCAGCCCAUGCCUGAAGCCCACGAUUGGCCCAUAACCGACCCUCAGCUUGGACUGCAGCAGUACAUGGUCAUAAUGGCGCCGCCUCGAGUUAUUGUUUUUCCGUAUGCAUAUGCGUUGAGCAUUCGCGUUCUUCUAUAUUGCGUGUACUCUAGUGAGACGUUGCGAUGGUAGGAUGGGUAAACAGACCUAGACAUGUGUGUAGUGGGUAGCGAGGUUUGUUUACGCGAGCGAGUCUUCCUUGCAUACGAUUUGCAUGGGUGGUGGGAUGGGGAAGCGCUGUGGGGGAUGCACGAUGGGGGUGAGAGGUUUGUUUACGCGAGCGAUUUUUCGUGCGUGUGCAUGUGGUGCUGUUCUGUCUCAGGGUGACCGAUCGAAACUGUUUUUUUUCGUACACAUUCAAACCAAAGAGCUCGGUCAUACACACAACGGCACUGAAUGGUACGUGUUCAGUUGGCAACUUCGUGACUUUGGCUCGCUUGGUUACGGGUUCGAAUAUCUCAUGCGCAUGGUCUCUCGAGUCUCGAGUCCACACGACCAAGAGGGAAGAGGGACUGGACCCU